GCCAUUAACCUUUGCCAUCCCUCUCGGCAAACAUCAGCCCAAAAGGAAAAACAAAACAAACCCGCGACUAUGAACAGAAUUUCAUUUGAUGUCUCAGCAAGCAAAACUCUGCAAGCUAUGCGCAGAAGUGAGGUUUCCUGCAUGGGCCGGCUAGAACAGGAAUUCACUCCUGCUUGCUCUCAUCUCCUGAAGUUGUCCGCAAUGGCACAUCACAUGCUCACCUCCCAACCUCGCACCCGGAGCGCGAUGUAACCCAACGAAAGAAGGGCAAAGAGAGAAAUGACAAGCAACAAGCUACAGGUGGUAGUAAUAGGCGGCGGCAUAGCAGGCCUCGCCGCCGCUGCCGUCCUCCGCCAAAAGCACGACGUCACAGUCUACGACCGCGACGAUCCCGCCUCCGCACCGGAGCGCGGCGCCGGCAUCGGCCUGGGUCCCAACGGUACAAAGAUGCUGAAAAAGGCCUUUCAGUUCAGCCCUGAAAACGUCAAGGCCACCGUGUGCGCCGGCUCGAGGACGUACGAUAAACAGGGGAACCUGUUAAGGGAGAUGACGGGCGUGUCGGAGCCGUUUGGGAGCGAGUGGCUGCUGAUGCACCGUGGUGAUCUGCGGGACGAGCUAUUAAGGCUCGCUACAGGGGACGCGGCCAAGUUGGGGAUUUCGGGCCCGCCGGCUAGGGUUGUGGACAGGGUCCUGAUUGUUGGUGUUGAUGUUGAGGCGGGGAAGGUGAAGUUGAAGGAUGGGGAGGAGAUUAUUGCUGAUGUGAUUGUUGGUGCAGACGGCAUCCAUUCCCUCGUCCGACAGGCCGUUGUCGGCGGGCCAUCACACAUGGUAUCACCAGGGGCCUCACUCUACCGCUUCACAUUCCCUCUCGACAAGGCGAGGGAUAUCUUAGGAGGGUAUCCGGCCGCGAUAGACCCUUCUGACAGCGGAUUCCUCAACAUGAUGACGGCCGACGACGAGACGCACCGCAACAUCAUCUUUUACCCCUGCCGGGACAUGACGCUGCUCAACGUCGUAGCCAGGAUCCCCGACGCCAUGCUCUCGGUGGAGAGCAUCACGUCCUGGAACGCCGAGGGGAGCGCGGAGGAGAUGCUGGUUCACUUUUUCGACUUUGCGCCGUGGAUGCUGGAGAUUAUGAAAAACGCCCAACACAUCCACCUCUACAAAGUCAAAGACACAGACCCGCUACCGACGUACACCCGCGGCCGCGCCGUCCUCGUCGGCGACGCGGCGCACCUGAUGACGCCGUUCCAAGGCCAGGGCGCGACACAGGCCAUCGAGGACGCCGAGGAUCUGCGGCUUCUUCUCCAUGAUGGCGUCAACGCCGAUAACCCCGAGAGCAUCGUGUUGGCGCUGCGGACGUGGGACUCGGUGCGCAGGCCGCGCGCGUCGCAGGUGCAGCAGAGCUCGAGGCACGUGACGGAUAUGUCGGCCCAGGCGCAGCUGGAUCGGACGAGGUUGAACUGGACGUAUAACGGGAUCCACGCGGCGUUGAGGAAUCGGUAGGACGUAUGCGUGUUGGUGAGCCGUGGACAGGAGGCCACCAUGAUAGGAGGAAAGGGACCAGGUACACCCUCGAUAUGGGUUGGGUGAGUUUAGCUGUGGACUAUCUACCUACCUUACAUAAUGGACUGUUUGGUGAAUGGUUUGAAGGGAGCAGACGAAGUUGAGAGCAAACGGCUGGUUCCGCGAUAGCUCAGGGUCUUACGCGACUGCAGAUCUUGUCAGGGGCUAAUCUGUCUGAUAUCCCCACCCGCAAGGUACAUCAUCAAUAUUGAUGAAUCAUCGACCUAGCCUAAUGCAUCAUUGGGG